CUUCAGUGAUCUCUACGGGCGGUAUCAGGAAAUGCAACAGGUGGAAAAAUAUUCCUUCUUGUAAUGUGCUGUCGUCGUUCCCGCUAGCACGCAAGCUACUAGCGAAGGAAGGAAGGAAGGAAGGAAGGAGUACACUUCUGGAAGAGAACGCUGCCUGAAUUGGGACGCUCGAGGCAGAGGAAAAUAAGAAUUCGCUCGCGUUCGCACGCAGCAAAUUGCUCGCCAUCGGUUUUGGACUUCAGAACCAACCAGUAUUUCUUAAUCAUUCCAGGGUUUUGUGUGCGCUUCUGGGGAUUUCCGUACCGGAAGACUUGGAUGCUUUAAAGGAAAUCCAGUUUUUGGAUACAGGGUUGAACAUUGGACUCCAAAACCACCUGACAUUUCCUGAUGCCUUGCGCGUGUUUAGGGUAGAUUCGGCAAAGAAUCCUGAUUACGUUAUCAAAUCUCCCUCCUCAUAGUCGGCAGGGUGCUCUAGUCAUUCAAUAUUCUGUUCCUCCAAAGGACUUGCAUUUAAUUUGUCCAAAAAUAAUUUCCACCAAGAUUUUAUAUGUAGGCUUGUUUAGGUGGGUUAUUCCCAAAUGUUAUAAAGCCUUCUUGUCUGUUCCACCUACAACCUUGUGUUCUACUCUUUAGAAGUUUAAAACAAAAAAACAACGUGUUUACAGAAAAGAACAUUUUGUCUAAGAUCAGUUAUCAGGUCCUUACAGUAAUGGUGGUGGUGUUGCUAUGCUGCCUCUGGUUCUGCGCCCCGUUAAUGUGAGCAAAAGGUCAUGAUAUCAGCAGAUUACGGAGGUCUUUUGGAGGGCGGUGUUUAACCCAGUGUCCGAAUAAAGCCUUUUGUUGGUUGAGGGUCUUGCUGCACAACCACAACACAAAACACACUGAAAAACACCUGAAAUAGUUCGAUAUGAAUUGCCGGACUCUUUGGCUAUAUUUAGUUCUAUAAGAGACUGUAAUUGUCCUUGGCUGUGGAGGUAUUACCAACACGGUAGGCCAGGAAGAAAAUGACACAAUUCAUGGCAAUGCUAUAAUGUUAUUCAACAUUAAUACAUCUUGAUCACCAUUCAUUCCAGCCACAGAUCCAGGAGUUGCCAUGGAUGACAUCUUGAAUAGCUCCAAUGUUAGGGUCGCGGUCCGCGUCCGGCCAAUGAACAGAAGAGAAAAGGACAUGAAGACGAGGUGUGUGGUGGAGAUGGAGGGGAAACAAACUGUGUUGAACCCUGCUAGUCAAAACCUCAGCAAAGGAGACCCUAGGAAUCAGCCUAAGGUCUUUGCUUAUGACUACUGCUUCUGGUCAAUGGACGAGGCAGAAAAAGAAAAGUUUGCAGGUCAAGAGGUUGUGUUCCAGUGCCUUGGAGAAAGUCUUCUGGACAACGCCUUCUUGGGAUAUAACGCCUGUAUCUUUGCGUACGGACAAACCGGCUCAGGGAAGUCGUACACGAUGAUGGGUUCCCCCGAGCAGCCGGGCCUGAUCCCACGGUUGUGCAGCUCCCUGUUCGGCCGAACCCUCCAGGAGCAGAGGGAGGGGGAGAGCUUCACGGUGGAGGUCUCCUACAUGGAGAUUUACAACGAGAAGGUCCGAGAUCUGCUGGACCCCAAAGGAAGUCGUCAGGCCCUGAGGGUUAGAGAGCACAAGGUCAUGGGGCCUUAUGUCGACGGGCUGUCUCAACUCGCCGUGGCCUGCUAUAAGGACAUUGAGUCUCUGAUGUCAGAGGGAAACAAGUCUCGAACAGUGGCAGCUACGAAUAUGAACGAGGAGAGCAGUAGAUCCCAUGCUGUGUUCAACAUCAUCCUCACACACACACUCAUAGAUCUGGCCUCUGGGACACGUGGGGAGAAGGUCAGUAAGCUGAGCCUGGUGGAUCUGGCUGGCAGUGAGAGAGCCGCCAAGACCGGAGCGACUGGAGAGAGGAUGAAGGAGGGCAGCAACAUCAACAAGUCUCUGAGCACCUUAGGUCUGGUAAUCUCAGCGCUGGCAGACCAAGGAGCCGGGAAGACCAAGUUUGUUCCCUACCGGGACUCUGUACUCACCUGGCUUCUCAAGGACAGUCUGGGCGGUAACAGCCGGACGGCCAUGGUGGCGACGGUGAGUCCGGCUGCGGACAACUAUGACGAGACGCUGUCCACUCUUCGCUAUGCCGACCGGGCCAAGAGCAUCGUCAACCACGCCGUGAUCAACGAGGACCCCAACGCUCGUAUCAUCCGGGAGCUCCGAGAGGAGGUGGAGAAACUACGAGAACAACUAACUAAGGCUGAGGCCAUGAAGGCUCCGGAUCUCAAAGAGAGGCUGGAAGAGUCAGAGAAGCUCAUCCAGGAGAUGACUGUCACCUGGGAGCAGAAACUACACAAGACAGAGGCUGUUGCUCAGGAGCGUCAGAAGCAGUUGGAGUCCCUGGGCAUUUCCCUCCAGUCGUCUGGCAUCAGAGUGGUAGAUGACAAGUACUUCCUGGUCAAUCUCAAUGCUGACCCCGCCCUCAAUGAGCUGCUGGUCUACUACCUGAAGGAGCACACAUGUGUGGGUUCAGCCGACUCCCAAGACAUCCAGCUGGGAGGAAUGGCCAUCCAGCCUGAACACUGUGUCAUUAACAUCACAGCCGAGGACGGAGUAGUGAUCACACCGCAUCGCAACGCACGAACAUGUGUGAACGGCUCCUCAGUCACCAAUCCAGUCCAGCUUCACCAUGGCAACCGCAUCCUGUGGGGAAACAACCACUUCUUCAGGAUCAACCUCCCCAGACACCUGGCCCAUGCAGGGGUGGAGGAUGAUGAGGGUGGCGCGAUGAAGAGUUCCCUCAGUACUGACCGGUUGGAGGUGGACGUUGAUAUGGCCAGCGAUGUCUCCAGUGAGGUCGACCUCGGCUAUGAUUUUGCCCAGACAGAGAUUAUGAUGAAGGGCAGCAAUGACCCCAUGCAGUCCGUCCUCCAGACGUUGGAGCGCCAGCACGAGGAGGAGAAGAGGACCGCUUUGGAGCGACAGAGACACAUGUACGAGCAGGAGUUACAGCAGCUGAGGAGGUGUCUCCACCCUGCAGAGGAACACCCCCUGCAGACCUCCGGUCCUGCAGGUCUGGAGCCAGCGCUGUGGCUCGCAUCAACAACUGGCAACCAGAAACGCGUGCGAAGGUGGAGCGAGGACAGGGAGGCCAUGAUGACCCGGAGCCUCCGCCGGCUGAGGGAGCAGAUCGUCAGAGCCAACCUGCUGGUCCAGGAGGCGGCCUUCAUAGCCGAGGAGCUGGACAAGAGGACAGAAUACCUGGUCACACUGCAGAUUCCUGCCGCUAACCUGGACGCCAACAGGAAGCGGGAUGUGGUGCUGAGCGAGCCUGCCGUGCAGGUGAGGCGUAAAGGCAAAGGGAAGCAGAUCUGGGCCCUGGAGAAGAUGGAGAACAGGCUGAUCGACAUGAGAGAGCUGUACCAGGAGUGGAAAGACUAUGAUGAGGAUAACCCCGUGAUGCGUUCCUACUUCAAACGAGCCGACCCGUUCUUUGACGAGCAGGAGAACCACAGUCUGAUAGGCGUGGCCAACGUCUUCCUGGCCUGCCUGUUCUACGACGUCAAGCUGCAGUACGCAGUACCCAUCAUCAACCAGCAGGGGGAGGUUGCAGGACGUCUCCACGUGGAGGUGUGGCGGGGGAGCGAGGCCCCGGAAGGUGGCGAGACCUCCCAGACUGGCCCUGAUGGCGAAACACAGGAACGUAAAAUGAAAUGUGUGGUGAGGAUCAUCCAGGCUACAGGUCUGCCCCGUCACCUGUCCAACUUUGUGUUCUGCCAGUAUCACUUCUGGGGGCAGGAAGAGCCCGUGUUCAUCGCCCCAGAGGUGGAGCCCUCGACUCCCUCCACCACCAGCCGGGAGCCCCUCUGCACCGUUCUCUUUGACAGUAAUAAGGAACUGGAGGUCUGUGUAUCGGAGGAGCUCUUGGAGUUUUUGGCGGAGGGGGCGGUGGCCGUCGAGGUGUAUGGUCACAAACAGGUCAACCACCGGAGGAACCUGGCUCUGUGGGACCUGGGGGUCAUCCAGGCCAAGACACGGAGCCUCAGAGAAAGGUGGAGCGAGGUGACUCGCCGACUGGAGCUGUGGGUUCAGGUGCUGGAGCUGAACGACGCGGGGGAGUUCACGGCUGUGGAGGUCCUGCCGUCCAAGGACGUACGCACUGGGGGCAUCUUCCAGCUCAGACAGGGUCAGUCUCGUCGUGUGCAGGUGGAGGUGAGGGCCGUGCCAGACUCAGGGACCAUGCCCCUCAUCGCCACAAACAUCCUCUCCGUUUCCAUCGGCAACGUGGAGGUCCGGCAGGCCCACGCCUGGGGAGACGACAUGGACAGCUAUCAGGAAAGGGAUCUGGAGAGGUUAAGGGAACAGUGGCUGGCCACUAUCACUAAGAGACAGGAGUACCUUGACCAGCACCUGCAGAAGAUGGUCCUGAAACCAGAUAAGUCUGAGGAUGACGUGGAGAGAGAGGCCCAGCUACUGGAGUGUCGUCUGACUCUGACGGAGGAACGCAACGCCGUCCUUGUGCCGUCAGCUGGCAGCGGCAUCCCCGGAGCCCCCGCUGAGAGAGUUCCUGCUCCCGGGAUGGAGACUCACGUUCCCGUCCUCUUCUUGGACCUCAGCGCGGAUGAUUUCCAGGACAGCCUGUCAUCCAGGCUGGCUGGAGGACUGGAUGCCACGCUGAACCAGGAGGAUGAUGAGGAAUUCUUUGACCUGCACAUUGUCAAGCACUUCGAUGAGGAGGUUCGUGCGGAUGCGUCGUGGGACUCCACAGUGCACGACUGCCCCGUGCUGAGUCGAAGCGGAUCCCCUGACCUCCAGGUGUACCUGACCGUCAGGGUCGAAGUUCAGCUGUCCCACCCCGCCAACAUGCCUCUGGUCCUCAGGAAACGAAUCUGUGUCAGCCUCGCUGGACGACAGGGUUGGGGUCAGAGUCUGCUGAAGAGGAUGUCCAAUAGGAGUACUGUCCCGGGCUGCGGAGUCACCUUCGACAUCGUCUCCAACAUCCCUGGUGAUAUCCAGGGUCCAGAGGACAGAGACAUGCUGGCCAGACUGGCAGCCAGCGUGGACGUUCAGGACAGCGACUCGGCCGACAGUGAGGCUGCCAUAGAAAAGUACCUGCGCAGUGUCCUGGCUGUAGAGAAUGUACUCACCCUGGACCGUCUACGACAGGAAGUGGCAGUGAAGGAGCAGUUGGCUGUGAAGGCAAAGUCUCCCAGACGUGGCCUCAGCUCACCCAGUGUGAACCGGCUUUCAGGAUCAUGGAGUAGACAGGAGUCGUCGUCCAAUCACAGACUGGAUAACAGGAAGAGCUGGUCAGAGAGUCACCAGGAUCAGUCAGUGUUUGCUCCACCAUCCCCCUCCAGACACACCCUGCCCAGCUCCACUCUGCCUCUGGCCCAAAAUAUCCCCCCGGAGCCUGGCGUCUUAAGACGUUCUCGUGCUGCCUCUUAUUUCUCCCCAGUCAAGGCUCUGGUUCCUCCUGUGCCCAAACUGCUCAGAUCGUUGUUCCCCGCCAGGGAGGAGAAGAAAGAUCUGUCUCACGCACCUCAGCAGCCUGCUCUUCGGAGUCUGCCUCGCAUCGUAGUUCAGUCCGCAAGCGUUGAUGAGAACUUGGAUACCAAACCUAGUCUUCCUUCAGUUCCCAUUGGAGAAAUAGUCCCUUCAGAGAGCCAUUCAGAGGCCCCAAAAAGCAUACCCCUUCCCCCACCCAUCAUCCCCACAAUAAUUUCUGAGAUGGAAGAUCCGGCUAACAGCCCGACCAGCGAGGCUUCUAGCGGCUACGUUUCCACUAGCGUCUCCACGGCAACCCUGUCAGACACUUUGAUUGGUGGGGACUUCACAAUGGAAGUUCCUCUCCCAUCGGAAUCAUGUGGAACAUCUGCCAAACCUGUCCCAUCAGAAACCCAGAAAACUUCAUCGGAAGACACAAGUCGUUCAGAGCCCCCGGGACAUUCCACCCUGGGCAAGUCCACGCAAGAUUAUUACAGGCUACUGCCAUGUCUCGUGUCAGAACCACCUUUCCAGCUGGAGGCACUGACCCAGCCACAACCACCUGUCCAGCCAGAUGAAGGAGUUAUGGAGUUGGAGCCAUGUACUGAACUGCCCGAGGCAGGAUCAACACUAGAACUAGAAGAUAAGUCUGCAUCUCCAGAACAAGGCCUGGAACUGGCUGCGUCUCCAAGGCAUUCUGCUCUGGUCCAGUUAGAAGAACCGGUGCAGUCAGAACCACCUCAUGAACAGCCAGAGAUAGAGGCGGGAUUGUCUUCAUUGUUAGACCAGCCAGAACAUGAAGCGGCCGAGUCUGUAACAGAAUCAGUCCGGUCCUUAGACAAGCAACGACAUCUAGUCCAGCUUGCGCCAGUUGGAGAAACAACCCUGACUCAUGUCCCAACCCCUACAGCUGUCCAGACUGUUAAAGUCCCAGCUUCAACCAUUACCGCCUCUCCUGUUCCAACUGAGGCCUCCGUCCAAGCCAAUACACUUGUCCAGGCAGUUACAGACUCAACCCCAACCUCCAUCCAAGUCCCUAAACCUGCCCAACCAGUUCCAGACUCAACCACAACCUCCAUCCAAGUCCCUAAACCUGCCCAACCAGUUCCAGACUCAACCCCAACCUCCAUCCAAGUCCCUAAACCUGCCCAACCAGUUCCAGACUCAACCCCAACCUCCAUCCAAGUCCCUAAACCUGCCCAGCCAGUCCCAGACUCAACCCCAACCCCCAUCCCGGCCCUGGUCGUCAAACCUCCCACUCCCGGCGGCUUUGCAGCCAACCCAUUCAAGAUCCAGAAAGUGAAGACGUCUGACCUCAGGUCCUUCAAACCCAUUUUAGAUGAGGACGAGAGCCAGGCAGAGACCGGCAGAGGUGGUCUUGGCGCUGGUCUCUCUAUCCCUCCAGAGAGGCUGGAGAUCCUGUCCGACUCUGAUGAAGGAGCCCCCGACACCACCACAGCAGUUCCUGAUUGGCUGACAGAAGGGGAAUUUGUGACUGUGGGAACCAAUAAGAGUGGCGUGGUGCGCUAUGUGGGACCAACAGACUUUGCGGAAGGGACCUGGGUCGGUGUGGAGCUAGAUUUACCUGCCGGGAAAAACGACGGGUCUGUGGGUGGAAAGCACUACUUCAACUGUAACCCCGGUUACGGGGUAUUGGUGCGUCCUGAUAGGGUGAGUCGCGGAGGAAUCGGGGGCGGGGCCAAGCAGAAGCUACGGCAGCAGCAGAAGCGCCGCAGUGCCAACCUGUCAGGGUCCAACCCUAAUCUGGCAGCCCUCACGGCCCUGGCCAAAGGAGAGGGGGCUGCCAGGCGCAAAGGAGAGAACCGUAAAUCAUGGAACAGCUGAAAGGAGGUUUGCAGGGUGUUCACUUUAAUUUCAGGAAUUCAACAGAGAAUUCCAAUUUGAAUUAUUUUCAUUGCUGUUCUGCAACAGGGAUUUGGAACUGGAGUUUUGUUUUUACUUCCUGAAUAUGCUGAAUUGAGAUGGAAUGAAUGCCCAACCUGGACAGAGCCGUGUCUUCAAUGUGGACUUCCACGGGUGAGAGUGAACCAUGAGAUGUUUUUCAGAGCGGUCUUUCUAGUUUGGGAUUCGGGUACUAGAUGGCUAGCUGGGGUUUUCCGUCCCUGAUCCUGGGACCCAAAGGGGUGCACACUGUUGCUUUUGCCCUGGCCCUAGGAGUGCAAGGAGAAAUAACAACAGAAAUGUGCCCUCUUUUGGGUCCCCAUGCCACAACAUGUUGAGAUUAACCUCUUACUUGUAUUAAAAGUUAAGCGGCUAAUGGUUGGACUGAGGUAGGGUCUAGGUUUAUGGUGCUUUCAGGACUACUCAAGUUGACUCCAGUCACUGAUCUCAGGUCAGUUUGACAUUUUCCUCACGAUUGGUUAAUUUGAACAUUGAGGUAGGGGAUGUCACUUCUGCACCCAAAGCCAGUUGUCCUCAGUCAACACUAACUCAUCCAUCUUUGAAGGACUCAAUGGUUAUCAACUGCAAGUCCAAGUUCAUGUCCCCUGACUUAUUCAGCUGUGAGGGACGAUUCUUAUCAGUGCAGAUAAUCUUCCCUUUCCUAAACCCUAACCAUAACCACUGGUGGAGAAGACGCUAAACAAAUUCAAGAUUAGUACUUGGGAGCCACUUCACCCUGCAUCUUUCUGCUUAUGUUAUCUAAUUUUACUAGUCCUGAGUGCCAUCUAGAGUCAAGUAUUGUCUCUCCGGCUCUCACCAUGAAGUAAUGGCUGUGCCUUGUGUUUCUUAAGGUCAAUUCCAUUUUAAAUUUCAACACAUUAAGCGAAUGCCCAAUGCCACCAAUAUUCAGUGAAGUUGAAAGAGAAAGAUUUGGAAUUGGAAUGUUUUUUUCCCUGACUGAAUGUUAAAACAAUGAGCCCCAAUGCUGGGAAUUUCCCACUGAUAAAACUGCAUUGGAAGAACAAUAUGUUAUUAUGUUCAGUUUUUGGCUGGAAACAUUCUGUAUGUGACACCUUCUGACCAAGUUUGCACACUGCCUAUUAUGAAUACUACUGAAAUACUACUUUUAGGUUAGGAUGUUAUGUGGUUCGGGGAUAUGCUGCAAUGGGUAAAAGGCAACCUAUUUGUGUGAAGUUAGAGGGACAUUUUUUAUUAGUACUAUGUUUAUUUUGAACGUUUUAUGUCUUGUGUGUGCAAAUUUUGAUAUAAUGUAAUGUAUGGAAUAUAUAUUACACAGUAUGUAUCAGUACAUUGCACAAUGGGCUUGUUUUAUUGAUAUGUUUCACAUGUUUUAUACAUAAGCAUUCAGUCUGAUCUGACAGUAUGAAUGUUAAUUUAUUUAUUGAUGAAAACUAUUGACAUUUUGUAAAGAAUAUGGAUACUUUUUUUGU